AUGGUUUUACUCGCUGCAUCGAUUUGCACUAAAACUGGCAAACCACUCGUCUCGCGACAAUUUGUGGAAAUGACGCGAUCACGUAUUGAAGGUUUACUUGCCUCAUUUCCUAAAUUAAUUGGUGCCGGAAAACAACAUACGUUUGUUGAAACGGAUUCUGUUCGUUAUGUUUAUCAACCAUUUGAUAAACUUUAUAUGGUUUUAUUAACAACAAAAACAAGCAAUAUUCUUGAAGAUCUGGAAACACUAAGACUCUUUUCUCGAGUGAUUCCGGAAUACUGUAAAACCGUCGAUGAAAAAGAAAUAUUCGAACAUGCUUUUGAAUUAUUAGCCGCAUUCGAUGAAAUAGUUGCAUUAGGUUAUAAAGAAAAUGUUAAUUUAGCUCAAAUUCGUACCUAUACUGAAAUGGACUCUCAUGAUGAACGUGUGCAUGAUGCUAUGAGACAGUGUCAAGAACGUGAAGCAAAGGAUCGAAUGAAACAACGAGCGAAAGAACUUGAUUUAUUAAAACGUACACAACGUACAGGUGGAACAAAAUCCUAUGGAAACUCAACUGGUAUAUCAUCGAAUAUGUAUAGCAGUUCAUCAACCGACAAUAAACCGGAUUUGACACCAACACCAGUAUCCUACCCAACUAGUAGCGCAUCAUCGGCUAUUCGUCCAAGUACAACAGGCAAAGCAAUGAAAUUAGGUACAAAAGGCAAAAAUGUUGAAACAUUUGUCGAUCAACUGAAAUCGGAAGGUGAAAUCGUUGCUAACAAUGCUCCAGUAACAGCAGGUGCCGGCGGAGCAGUUACUAAACAUAAAACACACAGUAUAUCGUUACCUGACAAUGCAAAGGGAGAUGUUCAUUUGAAACAGGAAGAAAAAUUAACUGUACGUUGUGGACGUGACGGAGGCUUAGAAAGUUUAGAAGUACAUGGUAUGAUUAUGUUACGGGUUAAAUCUGAACAAUAUGGCCGUAUUCUUGUUGCUAUUGAUAAUAAAGAUUCGAGAAAUCUUCAAUUGCAGACUCAUCCAAAUAUUGAUAAGAAAUUAUUUACUAAUGAAUCAUUAAUUGGUUUGAAAAAUUCAGAUAGACCAUUUCCAGUUAAUCAAGAAGUUGGUGUACUUAAAUGGCGUUAUACAUCAGCUGAUGCUAAAGAAAUUCCGCUUACAAUUAAUUGUUGGCCUAAUGAGACAGCAAAUGGUGGUUGUGAUGUUAAUAUUGAAUACGAAUUACAAAAUACUAAUCUCGUUUUAAAAGAUGUUCAAAUCACUGUUCCAUUACCGAGUGGUGGACAUACACCCGUUAUAGGAAAAAUCGAUGGUGACUAUCAAUUCGAUAGUCGAAAAACAUCAUUAGUAUGGACAUUGCCUGUUAUUGAUCAAUCAAAUUCUGAAGGAGCACUUGAAUUUUCUGUUCGCGGAAAAUCUGCUGAUUUCUUUCCAAUUCAAGUAGAUUUCAUUUCUGAAACAGCAUAUUGUGAUAUCAAGGUUGCUGAUGUUAAAUCUGUUGACACGCGUAAAUCAGCUUUAUACUCAAGUGAAUCCCAACUUAUCGUCGACAAAUAUGAAUAUGUUUAA